AUGAAAUUGAGAGACAAAACAAGAAAAAUUCAACUGCAAAGAAGAACAAAAUUUUAUUACAGAUGGAAAGAAAGAUCGGCAACAGAAAACGUCAAAGAAACUUGUGACUGUUUUAGGCAUUUUAUCCAGUUACAGGUUCAAAGAAGAUCAAUACAAUUUCUCGAUCUGAUUGAAGAAAUUUUGGAGAGGAAUUCAAUUGCAAUUGAUAGGGACAAAGGAAGCCAAAGUGCAUUAAAAUGGGCUGUUGAUAAUCUUGUGGGCAAGGGCCAGAUUGUGUAUUUGGUUCAUGUUAAACUUAAACAAAAACCGAACAAAAGUACCGAUUUCAGUGAUGACUCGUUUUUGAUAAACACCGACGCGCAACUCAGAGAGUUGUUCCUCCCGUUUCGAUGUUUUUGUACAAGAAAGGAAAUAAAAUCACAAGAAGUGGUGCUAGAAGAUACAGACGUUGUCAAAGGACUAGUCGAUUUUGCCACACACUCAAUUGUAGAAGUUCUAGUUAUUGGAGCCCCUUCAAAAGGCGGUAUUCUCAAGAGAUUCAAAACAAGAGAUGCUCCAUCAACUAUACUAAAAGGGGCGCCGGAUUUUUGCACUGUUUAUGUGAUUUCCAAAGGAAAGAUUUCAGCCACGAAAGCUGCUUCACGUCUUCCUCCAUUCAUCUCUCCACUUCGUACCCAUAUACCGCCUGAACCAAGUACUGCACCAGCCAAAGUUUCAACCGACAAAAUACUACCAAUAAAAGCAAUGCCAGGGCCACGGAAGUCUGUGGACUUAUCUUUUCCCAGACAAUCCAUGGAGUCGCCUUUCAGUACUUUUUCCAAUGACUCAAACACCAUGAAGUCACCCUUCACCAAUAGAAAAGGCCCGAAUGGUAAACCUUAUGGAGAAUUGCUCCCACCGGAUUCUGACAUUUCUUUCGUCAGCGCUGGUAGACCGAGCGCCGACAAUGUCUUAUUUGACAGUGACAUUGUUGGUGCAAACUCACGGAUUAGCUUCUCAGAAUUAGAAAACCCAGGUUACGAUUCGUAUAAUUUGGGGCGAAAAUCAGUAGAUGUAAUUAGCGCAAAUGAUAUGUCAUACUCCACAUUCGAUAGUCCUAGAACAUCUCUCUCCAACAAUGAAGAUGUUGAAGCAGAGAUGAGAAGGCUAAAGCAGGAACUCACAAAAACAAUGGAAAUGUACAGUACGGCAUGCAAGGAAGCCCUUACAGCAAAACAGAAGGCUAUGGAGCUUCAGAAAUGGAAACUCGAGGAGCAACAAAAGAUAGAAGAAGCACGUGUAACAGAAGAAUCUACAACUGGGGUUGCUGAGAAAGAAAAUGCAGCUGAAUCCACUCAGAGAUAUGAUGCCAGAUAUAGAAGGUACACGAUCGAUGAAAUUGAAGAAGCAACAGAAUAUUUCUCAGCUGCUCGUAGGAUAGGAGAAGGAGGUUAUGGUCCAGUUUACAAAUGUCAUCUAGAUCACACACCUGUUGCUGUUAAAGUUCUUCGGCCUGAUGCAGCUCAAGGGAGAUCACAGUUUCAACAAGAGGUCGAAGUGUUGUGUUGCAUACGUCAUCCUCACAUGGUUCUUCUUCUAGGAGCAUGUCCAGAAUACGGAUGUCUAGUCUACGAAUACAUGUCAAAUGGAAGCUUAGAAGAUUGUCUUUUAAGAAAAAACAAAACCCCACCUCUCUCAUGGCAACAUAGGUUUCGAAUAGCAGCUGAGAUUUGCAGUGGUCUUCUUUUCCUCCAUCAAACAAAGCCUGAACCAAUCGUGCAUCGUGACCUAAAACCUGCUAACAUUUUACUUGAUAGAAAUUUCGUAAGCAAAAUAGCUGACGUAGGGUUAGCCAGAUUGGUGCCACCAUCGAUUGCAGACUCAGUGACUCAAUACCAUAUGACUUCUGCAGCAGGGACGUUUUGUUAUAUAGAUCCUGAGUAUCAGCAAACGGGAAUGCUUGGUGUGAAAUCGGAUGUUUAUUCGUUAGGGGUUAUGCUUUUACAGAUAAUUACAGCUAGACCACCAAUGGGUUUAUCUCAUCAUGUUGAAAGAGCUAUUGAGAAAGGAACUUUUGCUGAGAUAUUGGAUCCAGCAGUGACUGAUUGGCCUGUUGAAGAGGCUCUAGGGUUUGCUAAGUUGUCACUUGGUUGUGUAGAGUUAAGAAGAAAAGACAGGCCAGAUCUUGGUAAGGUUGUCAUGCCUCAUCUCCAAAGACUGAGAUUACUUGCUGAUGAUGACACCAUGUAA